AUGGGUACUGGAAAAAGUGAGAAGCAAAGAAGGGUUCGCCAAGGCGAUACUCGCGACGGGAAUUUGCGGGUCAAAGGUGAGAACUUUUAUCAUGAUGCCAAGAAAGUGCAAUUUUUGAAUAUGUACAAAGGCGGAAAGUCGGUUCGCAACAAAAAGGGUGAUGUUCUCAGAGCUGCUCCUUUGCAAGGUGCAGAAAUACCAAAUGCUCGUGUCCAACCUGACCGAAGGUGGUUCGGUAAUACUCGUGUCAUCUCUCAAGACGCAUUACAGCACUUCCGUGAUGCUCUUGGAGACAAUGCAAAAAAUAGCUACCAAGUUCUCUUGAGAAGAAACAAACUUCCAAUGUCUCUUUUGGAUGAGAAGGACACUUCAGAGUCACCAACAGCUAAAAUUUUGGAAACUGAGACAUAUCAGCAGACUUUUGGGCCAAAGGCUCAAAGGAAAAAACCGAAAAUGGCAGUUUCGACCUUAGAGGAACUUGCUAAGACGGCUGACGAGGAGAUCAUGGCCUUCGAAGAAAAGAUUGAACUUGACUCAACACUAGGACUUAUGGGGCAGAGUGAUGCAGCAGACGGCUGGUCUCAGGCUGCUCGGGAGGCAAUUUUUAGCAAAGGACAGUCCAAGCGUAUAUGGAACGAGCUAUACAAAGUCAUCGAUUCCUCUGAUGUUGUUAUUCACGUCCUGGAUGCGAGAGACCCAUUAGGUACGCGGUGUGCUUCGGUCGAAGAAUAUAUGAAAAAAGAAGCUCCUCAUAAACAUUUGAUAUUUGUCUUGAACAAGUGUGAUCUUGUUCCAACGUGGGUUGCGGCGGCUUGGGUUAAGCAUUUGUCAAAGGAGCGCCCAACAUUGGCUUUCCAUGCAUCGAUCACGAAUUCUUUUGGGAAAGGGUCAUUGAUCCAACUCCUUCGUCAGUUUGCUCAACUACAUAAAGAUAGGAAGCAAAUAUCUGUUGGGUUUAUCGGUUAUCCCAAUACAGGGAAAUCCUCUAUUAUCAACACUUUGAGAAAAAAGAAAGUUUGCCAAGUGGCCCCGAUUCCAGGUGAAACUAAGGUCUGGCAAUAUAUCACCUUAAUGAAGCGUAUCUUUCUGAUUGAUUGUCCGGGAAUCGUUCCACCUUCUUCUAAAGACACGGAAGAAGACAUCCUUUUUAGAGGCGCCGUGCGCGUGGAGCACGUCACAAAUCCUGAACAGUAUAUUCCUGCUGUUCUGAACAAAUGUAAGAAAAAGCAUCUAGAAAGAACCUACGAAAUAUCUGGAUGGACAGAUUCUACCGAUUUUAUCGAAAUUUUGGCCCGCAAGCAAGGUAGGCUGCUGAAAGGUGGAGAACCCGAUGAGAAUGGCGUUUCAAGGCAAAUCUUGAAUGACUUUAACCGCGGGAAAAUUCCCUGGUUUGUCUCACCUCCCGAGAAAGAGACCGCCCCAGAGGAGUUGAAAAUCAACGCCUCGAAUAGUAGUAAAACUAACGAGUCGACUGACGGGGCCGAUAUCGCCUCAACAGGAAAAAGAUCAGCCCCAGUGGAGCAAGACUCAGAGGUGUCUCAAAACAAAAAGAGUAAGAUAUAA